UUUAGUUUUCCUUUCCCUCUCUUUUAUCGUUCCUAUUUUAAAUUUAAAUACAGCUGCCGCCGCUGCCGUCAAAACUCACAACCACGGAGCCACCGCUCUCCACUCGCCGGCAGAUCACGGCACCGCUGAUACAAAAUUGACAAAAGGCGAAUCCAUCAACAUGGAUAGGAUCAGUUACUUACCGAACACUAUCAUUUGCGACAUUCUCUCGUACCUCCCAACAAAACAAGCUGUAUCCACCAGCAUCCUCUGUCACAGUUGGCGCCAUGUUUGGAAGGAUCUCCAAGUCCUUGACAUAGAUGAUAGACCCUUUGGGUCCUCUGGGAAAGCCAGCUUUGAUUCUUUUGUCAAUGCUAUUCUAGCUCAGCGCAAUGCAGAUUCGUACCCCAUCGAAAAGUUUCGCCUCACUUGCGAAAAAUUUGAAGAGGAUCCUAUCCCAACAUGGCUUAAUGCCGUCAUCGGCCCCCAUCUUCAGGAACUGUAUCUCAGUCUUAAUGUAAUGUUUGGAACCAGCAUGCCUAAAGCCAUAUUCACUUGUACAUCACUUAAGUCCCUUGUUUUGAAACGUGAUAUUUCAUUGGAUUAUGGUCCGGAGUUUCCAGAUGUAUAUCUGCCAUCCCUCAAGAACCUAGAGUUGGAUAUCGCCCAUGUGAACAACAAGCUUUUAUCUGGAUGCCCUGUUCUUGAAAAUCUUAAGCUCAUUCUACUUGACAUGGCCCCAGAACGUUAUGUUUAUACACCUACAAUUCAGAUGCCUCAGACAUUGAAGAGUUUAACCUUUGAAGAUUACAGUAUCAUGUGGGAAGAGAUUAACCAUCGUGUGAUAGACACACCAUCUCUUGAAUACCUCUAUUUGAAAAUAGUGACCUCGGGGGUUGUUGAGCUACAGGUUUCGGCUAGCUAUUUUCCCAACAUGGUGGAGGCACAUCUUGAUAUUGAGGAAGAACAGUCACAUCUUGAUAUUCACGGUGAACCUGUUGAACAUGUCUGUUUGGUCCCCAUGCUUCUCCAGGCACUUCGUGAAACAAAGUUGUUGGCAUUGAAACCUUACACAACACGGUGCUUAUUUAGUGCUCCAGCUUUCAAGUUUCCAGAAUUUCACCGAUUGCUCAAUCUAGAGCUUGAUGUUCCAUUUUUCAACACAAACUUCCUGCUAAACUUCCUUCACAGCUGUCAUGUACUUGAAGCUCUCGUAAUUCGUAUUUGUAAGGAAGUCUAUGUCCGCACCAUGGACUAUAAUGGACCAACACCACCAACCAUGGUUCCCAGUUGUGUAACAUCACAUCUCAAGAGUUUUGAGUUUAGAGAAUAUCAAGACGCUGCAGAUGAGCGUGAAUUUAUUGCAUAUCUUUUAAAAGGAGGACUUGUUUUGAAGACAGUGACAAUUCAUCUUAAAUCUGAUUUCGACCUAGUGACAAAGUACAAUAUUGUCAAGGGUUUAUCUGCUAUACCAAGGGGCUCUACAAUAUGUCAGUUAAAUUUCGUUGAUUAAAAUCCCAUUUAACAUGGUAUGAACUCACACUAUUUUAGGGUCGUAGAGUUUUAUAUUAUUAAAGUUGCACAACAUUGAGUCAAUUAUGAGUUAAACCCCAAAGUAGUCCCUAAGAUUCACGAAAUGCACUGAUUUGAUCCUUGACUUUUCAAUUGCACUAUUUAUAUCCUCGAAAUUGAAAAAAAUGCACCUAUUUGGUCCCUUCCCAUUUUUCCGUCCAAACUGCUUCCUGGCGGCAGUGAUGUGUGGCAAUGGAUUACCACGCUAGUACUCAGUGACGCCGUUUUUUUCAAACUACUAAAUUCAUUCAAAGCAGCCUCCACCAGAUUGCUAUUGUUUCCAUCAACAAAAGCAGAGAGAAAGAAGAACGGUUACUCUUUUUCCUCAUGGCCUUCAUGUUCCUCUGCUGAUUUUCAGAGCGCUUUCUUCUUGUUUUCAACCUCCUCAUCGUCUGCAACUCCUUCCUCUUCCUCCACUCCUCCUCUGUCUCCGUUGGAAGGGAACAUGUUCUUAUCAGAUUUGUUGUGCAAGGCAUUGGCAUGUUAUGAGAGUAACCCCCAAUAUCUUAAUUAUUAUUAUUGCUGUUGUUAUUAUCUUCAUCUCUGAUGAGGGGGCUUUGAGAAUGAGAAUUUGGGUAUUGAUGUUGUUCUCUUGAUCUUCUUCGGUGUUGGGUCCACACCAAAACGACCGUUCAUUAAAAGACCAAGGCUCAUCUCAAUCUCUUGUUCUGCAUCUCCAACACCAUGGCGAUGUUGUUGUUGUAGCUCAUAUGGUGAUGAUGGUUCACGGACAUGAACCUUUUUAGCAGAUCUCUUGGGAAAUCACUCCUGCGAGUUCUGCUGUUCUCUCUUUUCUCAACAACUUGUGCCAUUGAAGAAUUUGGGAUUGAAACAACAAAAAAGAAGAAAAAAAGAUUACCUUAGCUUUUUCAGGGAAGUAAGAAUACUGAUGAACCAAAAGAGAAACAAGGUCGAACCAAAUGAUUUUUGUACCCAUGCAGUGAGUGAAAACGAACAGGGAAGAAAACAAACAGGGAAGGAGAAGAAGAAGAAAAAGUUCUGCGGUUAGGGUUAAAAAGGGGCUUAGGGACCACAUUGGGUUAAACACUUUCAAUUGACACUCUAGCAUGGCAAUCUAUUGCCACAUCACUGCCGCCAGGAAGCAAUCUGGACGGAAAAACGGAAAGGGACCAAAUAGGUGCAUUUUUUCCAAUCUCGAGGACAUAAAUAGUGCAAUUGGAAAGUCAGGGAUCAAAUCGGUGCAUUUCGUGAAUCUUAGGGACUAUUUUGGGGUUUAACUCAGUCAAUUAUAGGGCCAGUGUUCCACCUAAAUUUUUGAAAUAUUUGUUGAUGCUUGUGAAUACUUCUUACCGAAUAUCAUCCUUAUGAAUAAAUUUGUCUAGGGCCCUGUUCCUUGAGAAAUAAUGAAAUAUGCACUUGAACAU